CUUCCUGCUUCCAAUCUCAAAACAGUUGUGUGAUUUCCUGAGGAUUCUGUUGCUGGAGCUAGGGAUAAAAGUUCAUUUAUACACACAACAACCUGCAAGUCCAGUUUCUGUUCUCUCCUUCUGCCUUCCCCUUCCCCCACUUUGAACCAGAGUAGCCAAAUUGAGGCGUGCUUUAAACAGCUUGAGGACUGAUCUGAAAGAGGAAGAAGAAUUUGUAUACAUUGGCUAGCAUAUGUGCCCUGCCCUCCUCUCCUCUUGAAAAUAGCAACAACUCAUCUUUUCAAAGAAGUUUGCCUAAAAGAGCAGGCAUAGUGUGAAUGGUGUUUACUUUCAGGACCUCCAGGGUAUUCAAAUUUACUGUACAGCUGACCAGCAAUGAUUAGCUUUCCAAGGGACGGAUAGAUUGGAUUUACUGAAGACCUCGAGCUUACUUCUGAGAGUGAAUGCAAAAGACCCUAAAUUGUCAACCUUGAAGUUAACAGGUUAUGAAGAAUGGUGACCAUACUGCCAGAAUAUGUUGUUAUUUGUUAUAAAACAAAGGAGCUUAGGCUUCAUCUGAUAUUAUAUCAUAAGAAGUGCUGACCACUAGCCAAGAACAUUCGUGAAGGGUACUGCAGUGCCAGAAAGAGGCACCAAGAAGACUCUCCUAGAGAAACAUGGAUGGAGUUGGAAAUCUGACAGUAUCUUCUUCCAGUAGUAAUGCAUGCAAUGACACUAUUGAUGAUUUCCGAAAUCAAGUGUAUUCCACCUUGUACUCUAUGAUCUCUGUUGUGGGCUUCUUUGGCAAUGGCUUUGUGCUCUAUAUCCUCAUAAAAACAUAUCAUGAGAAGUCAGCCUACCAAGUAUACAUGAUUAAUUUAGCAGUAGCUGAUCUACUGUGUGUGUGCACACUACCUCUCCGUGUGGUCUAUUAUGUUCACAAAGGCAUUUGGCUCUUUGGUGACUUUUUGUGUCGCCUCAGCACCUACGCCUUGUAUGUCAACCUCUAUUGUAGCAUCUUCUUUAUGACAGCCAUGAGCUUUUUCCGGUGCAUUGCAAUUGUUUUCCCAGUCCAAAAUAUUAAUUUGGUUACACAGAAAAAAGCCAGGUUUGUGUGUGUUAGUAUUUGGAUUUUUGUGAUUUUGACUAGUUCUCCAUUUUUAAUGUCCAAAUCUUACAAAGAUGAGAAAAAUAAUACCAAGUGCUUUGAGCCCCCACAGGACAAUCAAGCUAAAUAUUAUGUCUUGGUCUUGCAUUAUGUGUCAUUAUUUUUUGGAUUUAUCAUUCCUUUCAUUAUUAUAAUUGUCUGUUACACGAUGAUCAUUUUGACCUUACUAAAAAAAUCAAUGAAGAAAAAUCUGUCAAGUCGUAAAAAAGCUAUAGGAAUGAUCAUAGUUGUGACAGCUGCCUUUUUGAUCAGCUUCAUGCCGUAUCAUAUUCAACGUACCAUUCACCUUCAUUUUUUACACAAUGAAACAAAACCCUGUGAUUCUGUCCUUAGAAUGCAAAAGUCAGUGGUCAUAACCUUGUCUCUGGCUGCAUCAAAUUGUUGCUUUGACCCUCUACUAUAUUUCUUUUCAGGGGGGAACUUUAGGAGAAGGCUGUCUACAUUUAGAAAGCAUUCUUUGUCCAGCAUGACUUAUGUACCCAAGAAGAAGACCUCCUUGCCAGAAAAAGGAGAAGAAAUAUAUAAAGAAUAGUUUAAGCCCAUUUUUGAUGAUUCCCAAAUCACUAUUUUCUCAAAUCAUUCACAAUAAAAAUAAGAACUUCCAUUAAUAAUUUACACUUACUUGACUUAAUGUGUACCUAUAAAUUUAUCUAAUUUAUGAAUUCACAUUAUUAGAUGUCCUAAAGAUAUUUUUAGUGUUAAAAUUCAAUUCAAGUCUAUAAACUAAAUUAUAAAUGAGUUUCUGAGCUUUCAGCUAAAGAUGGACAAAAUUUGUAUCUUGGCACUGUAAAAAAUAGGUCUGAGAUUAAAGUUUUCCCUCUCAAAUAAAAGUUUUACCAAGGUAAGAACUGGCUUUUUAAGAUAUAAAUUUAGCUAAUAGUUCUCAGUGAUCCUAACAUAUUUCUUUGCAUGCAUGCCAACAGAUGAGAACUGGAGUGAGCCAGGAGCUACAUAAAAUGUACUAUCACCCUCUUUCUUUGUAGCACUGAUUAGCUAGGAAAGUAUGGCCAUUUCUUUCCCUCAAGAAGAUGAUCACAUGUUAGAACAGCCUAGUCUUCAGCCAAAUGGCCCUAAAGUCUCCAUUCAAUGUACAAUCUGGAAACUGAGGAAGGUAAACCUGAUCAAAAGCUAGUUUGUCUCCAAUUUUCUUCUGCUUCUGCCUUAGGCUUCCAAAAGUGAAUAGUGGGGUUUUUGUUGCUCACUGAGAUUCUUUUAGGGUACUCUCUCCCUAAACAAGGUGCAAUCCUUCCUUAAUAAAGCAGAUGACUGGCACUACCAUAUAAUAACAGAAAUAAUUUAAAAUUUAUCUAAAAAAGAGGAAAGGAAAUCUAUUUUCUACACACUUAUUAUUGGAACCACAAUGAACUGCAAUGAGUCUCUGAAUAAAAAUUUGAAUGUUGAUAUUGCAAAUUUUAAGAAGUACUUACAUUUAUGCAUAUUGUAUAAACUAUAUGUAAGAAAUUUUGCUGUAUGCAUUUACGAGUGGAAGUUUGUUAUAAGGUUUGUUAUAUUUUAUGCUUUUUACUUUUAUUAGCAUGUUGACAGGAAUACCAAAGAUAUACUUACAGUGGUUUUUAUGUUAUAGUGGAAGCUUUCUUCUUAAAAUAGCAACAGCUUGAUUAUGGCUGAAAUAUAAUAUUUAUGAGCAAGUUUUUGUCGAAGUGUAGUCUGUUCCUUAAUUCUGUGUUUCAAAAAGUGCGUUAUCUCAGAGGAAAUGAUAAUGUUGAAAAAAAUAAAAGCUAGGAUACAAGUUCUA